AUGGAUCACACAUACGGCUUUUCUGAACUAGAAACCCGGCAUAGCUCCAACAUUUCUAUGGCUCGGUCUAUGCGUGUGGCUAAGGAGCGCAAUCUUGUAGAGCGAGAUGACAAGCCACGGAAGCAGAGGAAACGAGCCCUAGUUGCAUGCAAUCGAUGCCGGAAAAGAAAAAUCAAGUGCAAUGGUGAUCUCAACACGGGCCUGGCUUGCUCUAGCUGCCGUAGUGUUGGGGCUACCGAAUGCCAAUACAUACGAGUUAACUCUUUGGCCCCCGAAGAUGCUGCUAGAGAAGCAGCUAGGCUUUAUGCAAAUAAGAGUCAAGGAAGAUCAAUUCUCAUGGGCUCUCCUCAAAUUCGGGCUCCAUUCCGAGAAGAGUACGAGCUGAAUAUCCACUCCAACUUCUCACGGCAACCAGUUGCUAUGGAUCAUUCCUAUGACGACCAUUCAGCCAACUACCACGGCCAGACAUCGCCAGGGUACAUGCUGUCCAGCACACCUGGGGCAAUGCUUGACUAUGGCACUGCAUGGAGCAACCGGGCCUGGGAUCUUAACGGCAGACCCACCAACGGCGAGUUCUUUGAAGAACCAAACGGCAACAUGAACCAAGCUGCCUAUGGCUUCGUUUUCCCAGGCCAAGGAAUGUCCACCGAAAUGCCUCAGUCAACAGGAGCAAUGACAACGUACACCGACGCCGUGGAUCGUACUCUCCCAACUCCCCCAACUUGCCGAGGCCAGCUCCAGCCAAACAUUAACCUCUCAACCCUCCCAGAUGGCCUCUCAGGCAUGACUCUAACAACUGAUGCAAAAGGCCAGGGCCACUGGAACUCGCGGUACGCAACCUCCCCAGACGGCCGCACAGUGGCCAUGCCCACCAUCCCAAGCAACGGUCUCUACAACAUCAGCCCCUCAGCACGUACCAAGUCAAAUGACUCAGACGACGGAACCCCCGACCUCGUCUUUGGCUACAUGCCCAUGACCACAACAGAGGAUUCUUCCCCUCUUCCCCCAUCAUCCUCUUCCUCCAUGGCCUCCUCCACUGCAAACCCGCCUUACCCAGCUCUAGACACUAUAGAGAACACUCUGGGUGAGUACAACGCUCCUGAUGCACGCCUAGGACGUACUUUCUCGCGCGACAACGGCACCGGACAGCGUCUAGUCACGCUGGCCUCGGAUUGCACAUCUGAUGUAUAUGGAUAUUCCGGCAGUGAGCGCAGGAAAUCCAGGGUUAUCGAGACGGAUGUGCGCUGCUCGGCACCGACACUUGUUAAUGGAUUACCCUAUACGCGUGUUCGACAUGCAGACUCGGCGGUUGGUUUGCCGUAUGGAUUUUUGCCUGACUUGUCUGAUUAUGGGCGUUCGGUUGAUAGUUUGCAUCGUCCUCAUAUUUCGUCCAUGGGACAUCAAGGAGCAUAUUGA